AUGGCCAGCCUCAAGGAGCUGACUGACGCUCACAUCCUUCUUCUGGCCGUCCAUCUGACUUCAGAUGGAGACCUUCAACGGUUGCGUGCACUCCUCGACUGUCGUCGCGGUAUCCUGUCCCAGACUGUAGCAUAUCGACUCGUCCUAUCAUUCUACCCUGUCGAAACACCCGACCAGUCCACCCUCAUCGAGUUCCUCAAGAGCUUUCAAGACGGCAAUCGGCAGCCGACAGAUUCCGAGGACUUCAAAGUCGAUUCCUCCAUUUCCACCAUUUCACGGCAGGAUGCCCUACGACGGUGCAGAACGUUGAGAAUACAACCCGUUCCCAACCAUCUGCCUCGAGAAAAGGGUAGUGGACAAGCAAACUUCAUAAUCGAAUGGGCAAAACGAUUAGAGGCACUCAGUGGGACGUUGCAACCUCUCACAGAGUUCGUCGAGCGUUUCGUCGAGCACGAUCCUGAUUUGCGCCAUUGGUACGAGACCUACGUUGUCCCUGUUCUGCGGCUGCAGUAUGAAUUUUACCCGGACGCCGAGGACAUCAUCGGAGUGCGGGAGCUGGAGAAGAUGACGGCCGAGGGUGGAGUCAGCACACUGCUCCAGUACGCUGAGAGGAGCCAUAAUGCUGCAGACAUUGCCAGAGACCUGGAGUAUGUCGUGACACCUUGGGUAUGUGGCGCUCAGCGAGCGAAGAGGAGAAGGAUCGACUCGCUGGCGGCAGAAACGAAGGUGGAAGAAACGGCGUGGGAGAGUGUCAACAGCUGGCUUAUGAACGAAAGCUUGAACGAUUUCGAAGUCGCCGCAAAGACAUUCAUUGGAUGGAAUGGACCCUCGGACGUCGAGGCACCUGCAGAUGCCAUUGUCUCCAGAUAUGCUCAGACAGGCCUCGCGAUCAUCUAUGCCUGUCCAGAAACCUCUCGGGACUUGCUUGCCAUCUCGCGAGAAGUGCUUACGAAAGUUGCCAGUCUUAUAGGGCUUGCCGCUCCCGACUCCACUACAACGGAACCACACAUUGUCCUCGCCGAAUCAUUCGUGAAGGGGCUUGAGGAAGUUGAUUUGCUCUCGAGCUCCCUCUCCAGAAAGACGAACCCAUUCACUCGGGCCUCGGAAUCCUCUGUCCAGCUCCUUGUGGGAACGUUGGCCACGUCCGCUGCCUUGUUUGAGUUGGGGCUAGCAUCGUCCCUGGGCGAUGUGGUCCGAACAUCUGUGUUUGGCUCCGAACGGCGUCACAAGGACGAGCUCCGUCGACUCCUUCAGCAAAUACCGCGUCUGACUCGGAAAGAAAUCAAUUGGCGCUCUGUCCGUCGUCAACUACUUUGGUUUCGAACAUGGUCACAAUAUUCAGAAGUCCAGCCUGACAGUCCACGUCCAGCAUACCUUGGUCGACUCACUGCGGAGUACCUUGAGACACAGAUCCUGUACUCAUUUCUCACAGCUGGGCAAUAUGAUGCCGCCAAGGAGGUCUACCUUGAUACUCAGCCUCAGCCAUUGCCAGAAUCUGGGGUUGAAAGUCGUAUAGUCGCCUCAAUUUUCGAAGCUUACGACAACGCCAGCAAUGGCAACAGGGACCGCGGUGGCAUGAAGCGAGCUUACGAGAUUUUGCGAGCAUUCAGGUCAAGAUUUCCUCAGUCGACUGCUUUAUCAGACAUCGACCACCUCAUCAGAGCGACGCACAGCCUAUCCUUUUACCAACUGACCCUACAACAUGGCGUACCCUUCAGGCCUGUGGCCAUACGUGUACAAAAAGACCCAUUGACCCUCUUAGAGAAGGUCCUGGGCCAAGACCCGAAAGCAUACACUAAACUUGAUGACCUUUUAGAGAUAGGAAGGAAUCUUGUCCGUGCUCACCUGCCUAGCCGAGAGACUUUGGCACAGGAGCUCGACCCUGUCGAAUUGCGCGUAUCCGAUGCGGAACACAGGAUCACAUAUCACGCCAUCAUGGCGGCACUCGCUGUCAAUGACUUCCAUACGGCCUAUGCCUAUAUCACAACCCGUUUAUCCACCUCGCCGACCGAGACCUCGUCGCCCAAUCUCAUGGAUGAUGUCUCUUGGCGUGCGGCUUAUGCUGCUGGCAAGUAUCGGCCCAGUGUUUCGCCAAAAAGUCUCACUUCUCAAAUCGACAGUCUGGCUCAGCGAAUGGAGCUCUUAUCACGAGCUCUGAUGCUGGCACCCUCGGGAGAAGCAUUGUCAGGUAUCCUGGCGACAUGGCGGCGGUAUGAGGAAGAAAUGGAAGGAUUGAAGGCUCAAGCCGUGGACGAAGAGCGUUCAUUUGACGCUAAAGCCGAUGCUGCGCUUCCUGGAGGAUUCGGACUUGAAGAUCGCGACGCAGACGUGGCGGAAACCAAACGUGCAAUGGCACGUCGGAUCUGGCCAACGUCGCGAGCGGGCCCGUCUUACGAAGAAGAAGCACCGAUGGGCUUGUUUGACGUUGCUAGAGGUGCUGCUACAGCCUUGAGGAAAAGUGCGGCUUUCCCGCUCGGAUCAGGAGGUCUGAGGGAUCUGAAGAUUAAAGAAGCAGGCACAGGUUCGGAGGGUGGCUUAGUAGAUAAUACGGAUUCAGCUUCUUCACUUGAGGGUGGGAGGACGCGGAAGAGAGAUAUGGUGGCCAACAUGGUUACUAAUAAUCUUGUCAGUGGGAUAGGAUGGGUUCUUGGUGCGCAGCCGCGGGACCGACUUGAUCAAGCACAUGAGCCUGAGUGA